AUGUUAUACUGCACUAUGUAUGGGACUCACGUGUUAUACUGCGCUAUGUAUGGGACUCACAUGUUAUACUGCGCUAUGUAUGGGACUCACAUGUUAUACUGCGCUAUGUAUGGGACUCACAUGUUAUACUGCGCUAUGUAUGGGACUCACAUGUUAUACUGCGCUAUGUAUGGGACUCACAUGUUAUACUGCACUAUGUAUGGGACUCACAUGUUAUACUGCACUAUGUAUGGGACUCACAUGUUAUACUGCGCUAUGUAUGGGACUCACAUACAUGGGACUCACAUGUUAUACUGCACUAUGUAUGGGACUCACAUGUUAUACUGCACUAUGUAUGGGACUCACAUGUUAUACUGCACUAUGUAUGGGACUCACAUGUUAUACUGCACUAUGUAUGGGACUAACGUGUUAUACUGCACUAU